AUGAAGAUCGGAAACUGGAAUGUACGUACACUGUACAGAAGUGGUAACAUUGCGCAGGUACCUAGAGAAAUGACCUUUAAAAUCUUAGACAUCAUGGGUAUCAGCGAAACACACUGGACAGGGCAAGGGAAAAUGCAACUAACAGAAGAAACCAUCAUUUACUCUGGAAGAAAUGAGGACAAUCAUAGAGAAGGAGUAGGUAUACGGAUGUUAGCAAGAGCCCUGAUGGACUGGCUCCAAUCAGUGAAAGGAUCAUUCAGGUACGGUCCUCUUCCCAGCACAUCGAGCUGCACAUCUAUGCACCUGCAGAAGAGGCGGAUGAGCAAGUGA